AUGGUCAGCACCCGUUCAACAGUGCAGAAAUUGAUUUCAUUUGAUCCAGAACUUGAGCAGAAUUUAAGGAGGAAACGCAGGGAGCGAACUUUGCAGAGGGUUCCUCCUCUGCAGGUAACUUGUCUACAAUCUUUAAAUUCUGAAAACCUGCACAGCAAAGAAAAAAUGGCAUUUGUAAUUCCAGAAGCUGGUCUGCCCCUGGGAGAUUCACUGACAGCCCAUACCACAAAUAUACCAAGUUGCAUUACUUAUCCGGCAGUGAAGGAAGGGUCUGCAUUUGAAAUAAAGCAGCACAUGUUGAAUAUUCUACUUAUGUUUCAUGGGUUAUCAUCUGAUGAUCCUAACAUGCACAUUGCAGAAUUUUUAAUGGGUUGCAUAAAUAUUUUGGUAAGGGGAAUUUCAGCCGAAUCUAUUAAGCUUCGUUUGUUUCCAUACACUCUAAAAGAUCAAGCAAGGAGAUGGAUUCUCACACUCCCAUCUGGAAGCAUUACAACUUGGGCCCAACUCAGUGAAAUUUUUUUAAACAAGUAUUAUCCAGCUUCGAAGACUCUUGACAUGAGAACUCAGAUUUUAUCAUUUGCCCAAAAGCCAAAUGAAGAAUUUCAUGAGGCGUGGGAGCGAUUCAAAGAGUUGAUUAGAAAAUGUCCACAUUCGGGUAUUAACACUAAUGAUCAAAUGCAUAUAUUUUUCAGAUGGUUGAAUAUGACUACAAAAACUCUUGUCAACGCAUCUUGCGGAGGUUCAUACAAAGAUAAAAAUGCACAAGAGGCUUGUUUAUUAUUUGAAAAAAUGGCAGCAGAUACACAACAAUGGGCAGUUGAGCAGCCACAAUCUAGAUCCGUUUUUGAGAUGUCAAAUGGUUCACCAUACGUGUCGGCACAAAUUGAAAAAAUGGAGAAAAAGCUUGAAAGAUUUGAUGCAAAAUUUGACAUGUUAUUACAAAGAAUUUCGGGUUCACAGGUUGCUGUACAGCAGCCUUUACAAGCUGCCUGCAGCAUUUGCAGCUUGACAAAUCAUGAUUUUUUGAGCUGUCCACAUAAAGAUGUUUAUCCGGAGUUUAUAGCGGAGCAGGUUAAUUCUUUUAACAAUUUCCAACGUCCCACAUAUGACCCGUAUUCGAAUUUCUACAACCCAGGUUGGAGAGAUCAUCCUAAUCUAAAGUGGGACAAAGAUCAGCACUCAAGACCUCAAUUUCAACAGCAGGUACAGCAACCUGCUGCACCUAAGGCUGCUUAG